AACUGGAUAACGUGGUGUAUUUUCAGACGUUAACCGAUCAGGCUAGCUUUAACGAUUGAUCCAAAUCCAUUCAGAUCCAAACAUGCGUUGCUUGCUAGCGUGAUCAUUUGUACUGUGUACUAUUUUCAAAUAAUAUAGGUUUUCUACAAAAUUUGCGCUGAUCUCGGCAAACUGAAGCAUCGAAAUGCCUGCAUACGAACUAACCAUGAUUCUCCGAUCAAUGAGCAAGCCGGAGCUUUCAAGUGCUUUAAAGAGAACCGGUGAACUAAUGCUCAAGAGCGGUGUGAUCCUACGCGACAUCCAGAACCUUGGGACGAAGGAACUGCCCAUCAAAAUGAGCAGCCACGGCCGCACGCAUAUGUCGGGAAGCUACUUCCUCUUCCGGUUCGAUGCUGCGCCCCUCUUCAAGAGGACGCUGAGGGACGAGAUGAAGAGAGACGUGGACAUCAUCCGCGGAACGAUCAUGGACCUCACACAGCGUCCAAGCAUCACGUGCACCCUGGAGGAAGAGAUGCAGCCGCCCGCUUACAGGGAGAGCGUCCAGAAGCUGCUCAAAGAAGGCAGGGUGCCCAAGAAGCCCACAUACGAGAAACACACCGACGGGCCCGUGUGACCGUACUCCCGCUUGUUUUCUGUUGUGCCUAGUUCAGGUUAUUUCUCGCGUCGCGUCGUUGUUCGGACAGAACUGUUUUGUGGACUUACCGUUCAUGAAUGGCUACGAAGCCGGGUGCUAGUAUCCCUUUGGGUCAACUAAAUAGAUGUUCUAAUGUGCAAACUCUCGGCGUAAGUUGUUGAACUCGGUACCCUUCGCUGGCCCGGCACGUACUCGCUGCCCUCCGUCGUGCUUUGACUGCAUGUGCACACUUGAACUUCACGAGAUGCCGUUAUCGAAGGUUAAAAUUUCACGCAGGUGGCAAGACAACUGAAAGACAUCCAUGGCAUUUUCCUCCUGUGACUGACUAGGAGUGGUGUAUUUCUAUUCUAACUACCGGUUGACCAAAAGCUUCACAUGCUUGCAAAAGUUUCGAAGAAUGUAACUCCUAAUCUUGUGUGACCCAAUGUUUUUUUGCGAAGAGUAUGUUUUCAUAGGCCAGAAAACUUGUCAUUAAUUUAUGUUUUGUUUGCGAGGCUCUGCAGAACCCUUCUGUCAGGAUCACUAUCGACGAGGACAUUAUUCCGAGGACUUAAAUUUCCUAGAUUUGGCAGACCAAAAAAUUUGCCAUAAAUGGAUCUUGCAACGCACGCAUUUCACAUGUUCUCUUCUUUGAUCCACGCCUGGAAUUUCGACCCAAGCCAAAUUGCCAAAGUAUUGAUUGCAGGAAAAUAAAGUUGCACACGACAUGCGGUGUGAUAAGAAACUAGCAGGGACUGGGGCAGAAGGCCAAAGAGUAACAUAGCGUUUGGGUGGCAAACAUUAAAACUGGCACUGUCACUAUA